GCGCGGAGAGAUAAGGCUCAAUCGGUGGCGUGUGCGCGAGCUGUGCGCGUGCGCGGCAGCUGGGAUGCCGGACUGCGAGGUGGGCCAGGUGCUGGCAUGGCGGAGGCGCGGCCCGGCUCAGGUACAUUCAAUUUCAGUCUUGAUGCUGCUGAUUCCAUUCCUGGAGAAAGACAACCUACAGAUAUAAACUGGCUAAAUAAAGACAGGAAAGACUCUAACAGUAAUCAGAGUAGAAGUAAUAUACCAAUUCCUAGUCUGUCUUAUGAAGGAAGUACAGAUUAUGAAAGCUCUUCCACAAAAUAUCAUGGCUUUUGUAAUCCAGAAAGUCAGUAUGGGAAUUCUGAAGAGUUCCAGCAAUAUUUUGGUACUGGUAAAAGUUUGAAGAAUCGCAGCUUCCAAAGCCAGAGAUUGCACAGAUUAAGAAAUGAUAGCACAUGUGCUAGAAAUAAGAUAAGGCGAAGUACUACUGAUGCUGCUGCAGGUCCAGGAAUUUCAGAUGCUGCACUAGUACCUGGUAGGAGAGCACCUCCUAGAGGAUACAGUGAUUUUCUCUCCUCUGAGAGUGACAGGGAGCUACCUAAUGCAGAUAGCAGAGGAGCAAAACCAAAGAGAACACAUCUGAUGCAUACAUCUGCAAGAGGUUUCAGGGAAAAGGGAAGGCAAGUACAUGACCAUGAAAAACGAGUCAGCUCUAAACAGAAAGUAGAGCUGUUUGAAAAAUUGCCAUCUUUGGAUUUGACACAGUCUGACUCUUCAGAAUCAUCUCUUGGAAAGGCAUUCUGUGAUGCACCUUUUGGAAGUGGAGAUGAGCAAAAAGGCUACAAUAAUGUAAACAAAAGAUAUCCCCGGAAGCCUGUGUGGAAUAAACCCCAAGUAGAAAAAGAGUGUCAAAAAAGACACGAUUCUCACCGUAGUAAAAAUACAAAAGUAAGUAAGAAGUCUUCUGUUGCAUAUACUCCAAAAGAUAAAAAUGAAAGGAAGAAAGAACUCAUUGCUCACAAAAAUGAUGAAAACUUGACCCGUGAAAUCAGACGUCAGUUGUCUGAGUCUCUCAAGUUCAAUGGAAGAAAGUUUCUGCUAAAGGGGGAUCAAGUACCUUCACUUCAUUUCAGCUGGACCCAGUACUGGAAAAAGCAAAGUGAUGUACCAAAAAACAAAGAAACUCAUACAGGGUCAUUGAUUGAACAGCUGACCACAGAGAAGUAUGAGUGCAUGGUAUGCUGUGAGGUGGUCCGAACAGUAGCGCCAGUGUGGAGCUGUCAGAAUUGCUACCAUGUAUUCCACCUGAAUUGCAUCAAGAAGUGGGCACGAUCGCCAGCUUCACAAGCUGAGGAUGGCAAUAGCGGUUGGAGAUGUCCAGCUUGUCAGAAUGUUUCUGUGCAGGUUCCUAAAAUAUACACUUGUUUCUGUGGUAAGGUGCACAAUCCGGAAUGGAAUAGAAAUGAAAUCCCACAUAGCUGUGGGGAACUUUGUGGAAAGAGGAGGCAGUGUUUGGACUGUCCACAUCUUUGUAACAUUCUGUGCCACCCAGGACCUUGCCCUACGUGCCCAGCCUUUGUGACAAAAACAUGUGAAUGUGGGCAAACAAGUCAUUCAGUUCGCUGUGGCCAAUCAACAAAAAUUCAUUGUUCCAAUGUAUGUGGAAAUACUUUAAACUGUGGAAAGCACAGCUGUACUCAAGUGUGCCAUGCAGGAAAGUGUUCACCUUGCCAGUUAACAGUACAGCAAGUGUGUUACUGUGGAAGCAACUUAAAAGAGGUAUUAUGUGGAUCAAAGGAAGAAUUCUCUGAUGGCUUUGGGAGUUUCUCAUGUCAGAAUAUAUGUGGAAAAAAAUUAAAUUGUGGGAGGCACAACUGUAAGCAAGUCUGCCAUCCUCAGCCUUGCCAGCUCUGUCCACGACUUCCACAAGUUGUUUAUCGUUGUCCCUGUGGUCAGACUCCUCUCAGCAAAUUACUGGAACUAGGAUGUGUUGAACGUAAAAUAUGCACAGAUCCUAUCCCAUCGUGUGGAAAAACAUGUGGCAAACCUCUUUCUUGUGGUAGCUAUGAAUUCAUUCAUACAUGUGAAAGCCUUUGCCAUGAAGGAGACUGUAGACCAUGUUCUCACACAUCAAAUAUUUAUUGUAGGUGUGGCUUCAAAAAAAAGGAAAUCCCAUGUGCUCUUCUCAGAAAUAAAGCCGCUAUUACGUUCAUGUGUGACAAGCGAUGCAACAAGAAGAGAUCGUGUGGACGACACAAGUGUAAUGAAGUUUGCUGUGUGGACACAGAACAUAAAUGCUCUUUGGUUUGUGGUCGUAAACUCAACUGUGGGCUUCAUAGAUGUGAAGAACCCUGCCAUCGGGGCAGUUGUCAAACAUGCUGGCAAACAAGUUUUGACGAGUUAACUUGUUAUUGUGGUGAAUCUGUGAUUUACCCUCCUGUUCCCUGUGGCACUCAGCCACCAGAGUGUAAAAAAACAUGCACCAGGCCACAUGACUGUGAUCAUCCAGUGUACCAUUCAUGUCACAGUGAGGAGAAAUGCCCCCCCUGUACCUAUCUCACUCAGAAAUGGUGUAUGGGCAAGCAUGAACUGCGAAGUAAUAUUCCUUGUCAUCUCACUGAUAUUUCCUGUGGACUUCGCUGCAAUCAAAUGUUAAAAUGUGGAAUGCACAAAUGUAAAAGAAUCUGUCAUAAAGGAGAAUGUCUUAUAGAUGAAGAGUGUAAACAGCCAUGUAUUAUUCCAAGGCUGUAUUGUAAUCAUCCAUGUAUGUCUCCAUGUCAUCCUUCUUUACCCUGCCCAACAACAUCCUGCUGUGCAAAGGUUGAUCUUCAGUGUGAAUGUGGAAGAAGAAAAGAGAGUAUGAUUUGCUCAGAAGCAUCCAAUACAUAUCAAAGAAUAGCUGCUAUAUCUAUAGCAACUAAGCUAACAGAUCUACAGCUUGGGGAUUCAGUGGAAAUCAGUAGGCUUAUUACAAAAAAAGAAAUGAAGCAAGCCAGGUUGCAAUGUGAUGAAGAAUGCUUAGCUCUUCAGAGGAACAGGCGCCUUGCUGAAGCUCUUGAAAUAGAUGAUGAUUCUGAUCCUUUUAAUGUCCGUUCUUCUGGACCAAAGUACAGUGACCUUUUAAAAGAAGAUGCAAGGAGGGAUAUAAAAUUUGUCAGUGACAUUGAGAAGGAAAUGAGACUGCUUGUGGAAGCUGUAAAUAAGGGCAAGCAUACAAAGAAGAGUCAUUGUUACCCACCAAUGAACAGAGAUCAUCGCAGAAUCAUCCAUGAAUUAGCUCAGGUUUAUGGCAUUGAAAGUGUGAGCUAUGACAACGAACCAAAGCGCAAUGUUGUUAUCACUGCAGUGAAAGGGAAAUCUGUUUGUCCAAGCAAUACCUUAACUUCUGUGCUAGAUAAAGAAAUGCAGAGCAGGCCUGCACCUCCUCUUCCUCAUUACAAACAAACAGAUAAGAGUGGUGGAAACAGUGGUUUAUCCAAACCGUUAAAGGAAGAGCCAGUAAUUGACUACUUUGAUGUCCAGGACUGAAGCGAUUGAUGUAGACUCAUUCAGAUGAAUCAGAAUCACAUAGAUUAUGAUGCAGAAACUUAGAGGUGAAAAUACUAAGUUAUUGUGUGAGGUGCUUUUUGAUUAUCUGUCAAAUGAUCAGUUGUUCAACAUAUUCAUAAUUUAACAUUUAAAGUUAGAUUUAUAUGCUAGUUUAAAAAGUUAAGCGUUUCAACAGUUUAUGUAACUGCAUAAUACCUAAUAAUAGUGUAGCUUUUUAAAUCUGGGUUUGAUGCAAUUUUGUAUUUAAUGUGCUGUCAGAAUAAUGUAGAUUUCAUUCAUGACUUUGAAGUAAGAGAAGUGGUGGUAAGUGGUCUGAAGAACAGUUAUUUGAGGAAGGUGGAGAAUUAAAACUUACUCUAAUUUAUCUCAAAUUUGAUGUGUUUAACAAGAAAAACAAGCAAAAACAAAGGAAAAAACUAAAACCAACCCCACAACAUGAGAUUACUAAUACUACUACUACUUUGAACAAAAUCAGACUUUAUAUAUUAUUUUGAUGUUGUGUGCAUGGUAUUAUGGCAGUUUAUAUUGUUUUCUGUACUGUGCAAGCUUAAAAUGAAUGUGUGAAGUUUGGUUUAAGUAUGUUAUAGAUUUGGAAUAAUACUUAAGAUUUAUAAGACCAUCUGCCUAAACUAUUUGGCAGCGGAAGAUCUUUGUUUUAUGGGAAAUGCCGUUAACAAAAUGGGAUGACGAUUUAAACACUGAAAGACGCUGGAGUGGUCUCAUGAUGCUGAAUUGUUUCCAGAUCUUUAUUUAAGAUAGGUGAGUAGCUCUCUGGGAGAGGAGAUUGUAGGUCUGAUCAGAAGAGAUUGUACAGCUCUGAAUUUGAGUAAUAUCUGUUCUCCUGAGGAGAAGGUUUUUUGUAUUAAUAGCUUUAGGAACACUGAUGCUCUCUAUUUCCUGUUCCUUGUGGCUGCCGCGUGUAAUACUAGAGGUGAGUCCCCUGUACAGCAUCAAAGGCUGAUGCUAAAAAGGGACUCACUAUGUUGUAGUGUGAAAUUUGUUGCCAAAAAUUGGAAGGUAUUUACUCAUGCUUAGAUUCACUUAGAAUAUCACAUGACCCUGAGUCUUAACUAUGAAGCAUUCCAUGGCUGCAUUUCAACUGAACAACUCAAGAAACAUGAAAGAACAAGUAGAAAACUCACAAAACAUAUCUGUCCCCCAAAAUGUUUUGAAAACUAAAAUACAUGUGAUUAUUAUACAUUUUUGUAGGAGUUUAUUAUUUCACAUUUUAAAAAAAUGCAGUCUUUAAUGUUACUAAACAUUUGAAGUGUUUCAGGUAAAAUACAUACCUUCAAGAGUGUUCAGGCUUUUAAUUUGUAUGUAGUGAUUUAAAUUUUACUUUUUUUGUCUAAUACUUUGUGAACAGAAAUGAAAAAUGAAUCAAAAUGAGUUACAUUGCCCUUAAUUUCUUAAGCAAAUUAUAGUUUGAAUUCUACAAGAUGUACUGCUAAAUUCAGUUUAAUAAAUAAGUUAAUUCCAGAAUGUAUUUCUUCAGUCCCUUCCUUGUGAGGACUGUAUCUGUACCAAAUGCUGACUCAAUGUGGCCUAACAAAGGCUAUUCCUGGUUUUGAAACCCAGAGCUAUGUUAAUAUAGCACUGACUUAAAGCCAGUAAUACCUCAAGGAAGAAUGUAUAUAGUUAUGCUUCAAAGGUAGGUUCUAGACAGGAGCUGGCACACAUGUCCAGUUAACUGUCAGAUCCAUGUAUACUGAAGCACACACAGUUGGUUGACUAUAGGUAGACCGAACAUUACAGAAAACCAAAGUGGUUUGGUUGAUAAUAAAUAGAAUAAAGCUGAAGUCUCCUAACUAUUCACAGUUUCACAUGAAUAUAGCCAAAACCAUCACAAUUGCACCUCUGAUUUGAAAUUUAAAACCUGAAAGGGUUUCCUAGCAUUGUUUUCAGCUCUGUUUAGUAGAAUUUUUAUCAGAUUGUGACAUUAGCAUAAAAAUGAGAGCUUUGGUAGACAUACUUCAGCAUUUAAGUUGCCACUGCUUGUAAUAAGAAAAUGGAGGUAAUCUCAAUUUCUCAAGGUAAAAUUAAUAAUUGUUACCAAAUUGGUUCAUACUGAGAAGUCAUACUUCUUAUCACUUGCCUCUUAAGUAUGAGAAUGUUAAAACGUUUUUAUAGAUCUGUAUGUUACACAUCUUUAAAUCAUGGCUAUUGGAGCUAUACCUGUAGUUAUGAAGCAAUUCACACAUACCAAAUCUUUUUUUAAAAAUGUGUUUUAGUAACUUGGUUAAAAAUAUACUGUAUGUUUACCCAUGAAUGUGAUUUUCCCCUGGAGCUCAGCUACAUAGCCUUAGGAAGGAAUUCAGCAAAGGCUAACAGUGGUGCUGUUCUCUUUGUUUUGUAUUACUUUUGCUGCAUUGUAUGUGAUAACUUAGCUUCAUAUUGCAUGUGUGCCUUGUGGAAAUACUUUUCAAAUAGCUAUUUUUUAAAUCUGAGCUGGUGUUUACACCUUUUGUCUAAUAGAAAAAUAAGUAGAUUAAUCUUUGCAUUAGUGAAGUCAGUGGCAAAAAUCAUGGUGACAUCACUGUAACUUAUUACUUCAGCCUCAGUAUGUUAGCAAUUUUCCACAGCCCUAAGAAUAAUAUUGUUUCCUGUAUAUAUUUGAAGAAAGUACUUUUCAAUAAGCGUCUUUUGAAAUAAGUUAUGUGAUACCAGUUGGAAUUUAUGCAACUUCAUGAAGUGCUUUUAAAAUUGUAUUUAAAAUAAGCAGAUAGUUUGGCAUUUGGGCUGUGCUGUUGCCUGUUUGUAUAGUUUGACAUAUUUAAAGUGUUCUGAAUAUUCAGUAUUUCGAUUUAACCUAAAAUUAAGAUACAUAAGUAGACCUUAUCGAGAUCACUGUUUCUGUGGCAGUUUUUACAGCAUCUGCCUUGAAAUGAACAAAGUUUUUCUACAACACUUGUUAUUUGUUGAAAGAUUUGUAUUUAACUUGAUUUUGUCGAGUUACUGGUAUCAAAUUACUUUCUCUAUAAAUCCAAAAUAAAUCUAAAUUUAAAGUUCAGUGCUUUGGAAUUGUUUGCAAAUUUCAUCUUGGUAUUCAAGAGUUGGAAGACUGAGACAUCACAGAGAAAUGCGUAAAGAUUUAAAUGGACACUUGGGAAGUUCCUUUUCCUCAAAUUUUAAAAUAAAGCAUGUGAUUUCCUGGAUUUGAAGGGAUUUUUAAAUGAAUGCUGUGUGGAGAUUGAGGCAAGUAAAGAGGGCUCCCCAGAAAAUGGAGAGUAUGCUGACUUCUUGGAAUUCAGAACUACAGGAGAGAUAAUUCUGAAUAGAAAUGUACCUUUUUGUUAUAUGAAACCCCCUUUAUUAUGUCUGCCUAAAUGCUGCUUGGCAAUAAAGUGUAUUAUUUUAA